CUGGUGCCGCCGGUGGCCGCCGUUUCGGGGGGAGCCGGAGCGUGGUCGGCCGCGGAGCGGUUGAGGCCGCCGCCUGGCUCCCCGUCCGGCUCCCCGUCCGGCUCCCCGUGGGCCCCGCCGGGCCUCCCACCCCCGGGCCAUGAAGGAGCAGAGCUCAGACACACAGAUGAUGGAAGAUGCUUUGGAAACAGUGAGUGAGGAGCUGCCACCUCACCUGCAGGAGGAACCCCCUGAAGACUCAAAUCCAGACCCUGAGGAGUCACCUCAACAGGCUGGGGUCAUCUGGAGGAUGACGGGAGGGCUCUUCAGCAUGACCCGGGGGGCCGUGGGGGCCACUCUGGGAGGCGUCGCCUGGGUCGGAAGCAAGAGCCUGGAACUCACCAGAUCGGCGGUGACCUCGGUCCCAGCCGCAGGGGUGGGGCUGGUGAAAGGCAGCGUCUCCGCCGUAAGCAACACCAUGGGAGCCGUUGGCUCAGCCGUGGCUGGCAAGGUUCCCUUCGCCGCCAAGAAGAAAGACAAAUCUGACUAAACUGGGUAGCCACCUCCUUUCAGCUGGAGGCCGGACCAGACUGCCACCUCCCCAAUUCCCAUCCACCCCCUGGCAGUCUCCUGGGGGUCAGGCCAAGCUCCCCUUGGGUCCUGCCCACCGUGACCCAGCUCUCUGCUUACCACCACCACCACCCUUUCCAUCUCCCAGCUAACCUGGGCCUGGGCCUCUGCCCUUGGACAUCUCCACACUGCUGCCUCUUUCUCUCAAAACAUGCAUCAGACAACACCUACAUGUGAUAACCGGAGCGGUCUUCCGGGGAAGAUAAAAAAAAAGAACAUUCACUAAGUGAUUAUCCCCCCGGGCCCCGUGUUCCCUGCCCUGCCAUGGGCCUGCUGACCUUGUCACAUGAUUGGUUGGAAGAUGAGGCCCCAAGCACUCAAGUCAGCCAGCACUCAGUCAGUACCAAGGAUGAGGAUGAGGAUGAGGAUGUGCCAGCUAGUCUCCCAAGUGUUCAGGGGGAGGCAAAAACUUCUUCAAAAUGGGGGUCACAAGGAGGUUGGUUUUUCACUCCCAUUCUCCUUAUUCUAAGCCUGGAAGGAAGUGUGCCUGCUACCUUCCUGGCUUAAAAUUGUUUAUCCUCCCUUGGAGCAACACGAUCAAAAGUGAUCAUAGCCCUGGACCUGCUACCCAGCCCCUUUGGCCCUCUGGAUUUGGGUGAGCCACUGGGGGUUGGGAGGGGGUGGACGUGUGUGGGGAGUUGGGGCUUGGUUGAUAUAAAACUAAGAGCCCAUUGGGGUUUUGGGAUGUGUGAGAACCAGCCCCAUUUUUUGCAGAAGUUGGUGGUAGAGGAAAGCUGGGGCAGAGACAGGAAGGAGAAACCUUCUAAAGUCUUUCCACAGAGUGAUAGCAAAGGGCAGAGCUCUACAGCAUUCCUUCCGAGGGGCCAUGGGGAGUUGAGGCUACCCUCUUCUAGCCUGAGUUCAAAGUGGACUGUGGAGUCUGUCCCCUAAAAACUGGGGGUAGGCCCUGGGAGGAGCCAAGAGUAUGGCUGUGAUCCAUCGCCUGUGGUUUGGGGAAAGACAUGGACCUGUCACUGGGCCUUCGCGAGAACGCGCAAUUGCCGAGCCGAGUGACCAAAAGUCUUCGAGUGUCUGGGGCCAUGGCUGACCCUUGAGAAUUGGGGGGAAGAGUUUUCUGAUCCCCUGGGGGCCAGGGGCAGUGUAGAAUUCCCACCUGUGCGUUCUUCCCCAGCACGUAGUACAGUGGUCUGCACACUUAAUAUUGCUCCUACUUUGACACUAUCAAUAGAUCUGGACUCUGGCAGCAUCUGAACAUGUUUAGUCACCCUGAUAUAUUUAUCAAGAUUCUAAGACUCCUCCACCAACAUUCAGCUGGUUUUAUCAGAUUUGCAGCUGCUGACUUCCCAUCUCAAAUGGGGUAAAGCAGAGCUGUGUAUUCUCUGUAGGGGAGCUUGAGGAUACAACAAAGGAUCUGAAAGUUGGUGUUAAAAUGCACUUCUGGUUCUCCAGGAAACCCUUUCAACACAACAAGCUAAGAGCAUCCUCGAAAGUCCUUGAAUCCACAUUCCAGAGCUUCUCUAAAUUGAUAACUGUAGUCUGGAAGUGAAUUUCCGUGAAGACCUGCCAGUGAUCUUAAACUACUUUGUCAAACAAGCUAUGAGUAAGUCUGAAGAAGACCAAAGUUAGCUUCCACUGAAGAAUCCUGAUUAACCAAAAGAUUUCCAUUUACAAUCCCAGGAUGAAUGUUGGCAUUAAAUUCUGCUACCUAGGCGAUACAAUGUCUAAAUGCAUUGAUCAAUCAGUCCAUCAAUUAAUCAAUGGUAUUUACUGAGCACUGUACUAAGCACUUGGUAGAGUGCAAUGCAACAGAGUUGUCAGACACAUUUCCUGUCCAAAAGGGCAGUCUAGCAGGGGGAACAGACAUUAAUAUACAGAAAUAAAUUACGGAUAUGUACAUAAAUGCUGUGGGUCCACAGAUCAUUGAAGAAGUAGGAAACCAAGUUGAAAGAGCUAGUAUGCCCUCUGGGUAUUGGACAGACUGUGGCACCAAUGUGGGCCCAAGCUUCAGACCAAACUGAAGGCCUUUGGAAGAGCAUGCUAAGGGGUUGUGAGACCACAGAUAUCUCAUCCAUCUUCUUGAGUAGUUUCAUCACCAUUAUCAACCCUCAACAUCGAAUGAUGAUCAAAACAAAUCCUGCAACACUGUGCUUUUUCCACUAUUUAAGCAAUGCUCACUCCAAUGUAGCUUUACUGAGUAGGAGAGGAGAGGAAACUCAGUGACUCAGUAGGACACUGAAGUAGCUCCUGUAUGGUCAGCUGAAGUAAGGAGAGGAAGAACAAAGAGGGCAGAUGAUGCAAUUUAUGGAUACAGAGAAAGGCAACCUCAAAUAACACAGAAAGACAGAGACUGCUAGGAGAUAGCAACAGACAGAACCAACUGGCUUGCAGAAAUAAGGGAAAUUCAUUUUGAGCAGAGGCUUCUGGGAAGAUUGUAAGACUCGGGAGCAGAAUCAUAGAUAGUGCUGGACACCUCACGUAGUAAGAGAGGAUUAUCUUAUCUGUUUUGAGCAGUAUGAAAGAUUGUUUUGGCUGCCCUUUGAUUAUUUUCAGCCACACCAGCCCAGUUAGGUAAAGGCCUCACUGUCAGGCUUAGAGCAAGAGGGACUGUUUGAAGAUUCAAAACCAUGUCCUCUAGACAUGAUUACAGUCCUCUAGCCUGUAAGCUCACUGUGGACAGGGAACAUGUCUACUAACUCUGUUAUAUUAUACUCUCCCAAGCACUUAGUACAGUUAUUGCUGUAUUGUAUUGUAUGCUUAUUACACACAAAAACUCUCAGUAAAAACCACUAAUUGAUGUAGUAACACUCUGGGUGGUGUGAGCAGGCCAUGGUUGGUGUGAUUAUUGUGUUGUGUCUACCACUGUCCCUUCCCACCACAAGUCAGGUCCCUGGGUAAUGAGUAGGACUGACAAUAGCCUGUAUUUAUGAGGCAGGCUGGCUUUAAGGCACUUACUUUGGAAAAAUGGCUCAGGUCUUUUUCCUCAGACAACCAAGUUAUUUUCUCCUUGAUCAUCCCCAACAUGUGAGUGUUGAGUCCUCCUUAGGCCCAGAACUGCAACCCAGCCUCCGUGGUCAAGUUGGGCCCCACUCCUACUGGAUCCUGGCCUUUUUACAACCAGAAGAGACCUAAAGCCAUGCCACUGUGUAUCAAGUGAAUCCUCUUUUCACAUUAGUAAUGACCAGUACACCGCGGUCACCCAUUGUUUAGGGUCGCUCAGAGCUGGGCCCUACCACCCUUCAGAGAUUAAGGACAGGAUAAUGCAUCAAAUAUGCCCUCAGAGCAGGCACCAAAACCGGCUUCUAUUCUGCUACCUAAGUGGCCCACGGGGGCCAAUCUCCUGGCUGGGGGUUGAGGAAGGUCAGUGGUCCAGAUGGGAAGAGAAACUCUUUGUUUCCUUUACUGUAUUAUUUGGUUCCUCCCUACCUCGGGGCCAGAGACUUCAGAAUGAGGAGUUUCUCAUUGCUCCCCUCAAUCCUCAGAUUGUGAUUAUUGUAUUGUGUCUACCACUGUCCCUUCGCACCACCAGCCAGGUCCCUGGGAAAUGAGUAGGACUGACAAUAGCCUGUGUUUAUGGGGCAGGCUGGCUUUGAGGCACCUACUCUGGAAAAAUGGAUGGGCAGGUUGGGAUGGGCAUUCCUCGGUCACAGGCCUUCGGAAAAUGUUUCCCUAUGGUUGGCACUGCCAGUCCUUCCCGGUUCCCCCUGGAUUAUCUUUUCUCUGCUUUAGCUCCCACCAACCCCAGGGACCACCAGAGAGGGAGAUCCCCUGGCAAUAGUUGAGGGGAGAGGAUGGGGGGAGGACUUUGGCCCCCAGACACAUGAAAUGGCCUCUUGCCCUUUCCCCAGUGAGUUCAGGAGGUUUCCCCAAAUUCCCCGUUCGAGUGUAAGGAUGUGGAGGGUACGGACUGUAUCUUUAAAUUAUUUUACCCAGCACAGUGCUCUGCACAAAGUAGGUACUCAGUAGAUACUCUUGAUGAUAAAAGGAGUUGUGAUUUUUUGCUGUGCUCAGCCCAGCAAGGGGAGUGAUGGUGAGAAAUCUGGGCAUGGUCCAUGUCUCUGAAAUGGAAAGAAAUAUUUGUGUUCGUUAUGGUUUUUUGCAUCUCCGUGAUUUUGAUGACAAUAAAGUUUGAAGAUAA